AUGGCCACACCAAAGAUCCCAAUCACAGUGAUAACCGGCUUCGUCGGCUCCGGCAAAACCACCAUGAUCCUAAACCUCCUGCCCCAACUCCGCGCCCAAAACCCAUCUUACAAACUCGCCCUGAUCAAAAACGAAAUCGGCGAUUUAAACGUCGACUCCCAACUCGCAGCCGCCGCCGAAAUGACCGGCGUCUCUGAACUUCUAGGCGCAUGUAUCUGCUGCACAAACGUCGGACAGAUAGGAGAUGCAUUGAAAGAGUUGGAUGAAACAUAUGCGCCGAACAGAGUCAUUAUCGAGACGUCUGGGUCAGCGGAGCCGAUUAAGUUGAUGGUGGAGUUGAAGAGACUAUCACAAGAAACAGGGAGAUAUGCACUUGAUGGUGUCGUCUCGGUCAUCGAUGUGGAGAAUUGGGAUGGAUACGCCAGUACCUCGUACACUGCAAAACUGCAAGCGCAGCAAACCGAUCUCAUCGUGUUGAACAAAUGGGAAAAUCUAUCCGAGAUGGCGUUUGAUAAGACGCUUGACAAGUUGGGAGAUAUGGAUGUGGAUACACCGCAUAUCAAGAGUGACAAGGGUUGGAUUAGUAAGGACUUGUUGUUUGGUAUCGACGAGAGGAUGGCUAGAGAUUGGGUUGCGUUAAGCCAGCAGCAACAUGAUCACGACCAUGACCACAAACAUGAAGAUGGACACAAGCACGACCAUAACGAAGAGAUGGAAGCUUUGAGCAUCACUUUCACCUCUGCCUCCCCAUCCGCAUCUCUGGACACGACCAAACUCGCGACUCUCCUCAAGUCAGCGCCAAAGGACGAAGUCUACCGCAUCAAGGCCGUUCUUCGCACAACACAAACACCUGCCAACAGCGAUGGCACACCCGCAGAUGACAACUCUGACUCAACAACACCAAGAAGAUAUAUCCUCAACUGGAGCUUCGGUCGCUGGAUGUGGACAUUGGACCAGACUGAAGCCAAGGAAGAGCCUGUGCUGAGAAUGAGCAUAUUCACAGGAAGAUAUGAGAGUAAUAAGUGGUUGAAGAGGAUUGAAGCAAAGACUUAUACUGCUUUGACUGAUGGUAGCGAGGGAGAGCUGAUUGUCAAGCGUGUCUUGUAG